AUGGAAAGAGUGGUAGUUGAAGAUCUCGAAUCGGACAUCAAUGCUGUCAGAGACAAGUUAAGAAACAUUGACGAAAAAGUAACAACGCUCAGCGGACGGUUAGUCGAAAAAAUUUUGUGCAACAAGCAUUUCUUGUUUUCAGGGUACCACGUGCACGUAUUUCGUACAACGAUGAGCCGGAAGAAGCUCCAUUGAGAAACGUCGAACGAGGAGCUUUCGGUUUGACAAACGAAUCGUCGGCUUGGAGUACUCGGAAGGAUCACACGACUCCACAGUCGAUCGGAAGUCGCAAGCGAAUCAGGUAAGCGUCGGGGUGGACUUAUUCAGUCGUGUAAAAACUGGAUUAUAGGUUUUUUACCCGACUGAAUAAGCCGAUGAAAGUAGAGCCAGCAUUGCUGCAGCAACUAAUAUCUUUUCUUUUUCGCUCCAGCAUCGAAGACCGCAUCGAUCGAAGUGGAACACGUGGUCAAGGCCGUAGCAGCUUCGAGCACCUUCCGAAAAGACAUCGCCCUGAUUAUUUGGAAGAUGAGGCGGACAACGACGAGCACGGAACACGUCAGAAACGAUCGAUUCAAUCGACAGUCGUGAUGCCGGCGCUAGAUUCGAAGGGAAGAGAGGAGAAGAUCGAGAAGUUGAAAGAGACGGAGAACAAAGACAGCAAGCAGAGAAACCGUCGUCUCUUCUCGAGUCUCAUAAUGGGAACUCUCACUAGCUUCAAAAAGACCGAAAAGAAGACGACUCAGCAGGAGAAGCAAGAGGAGGUGGAGAAGAAGUUGGAGGAGAAAAAGAAGAAGGAUUUGGACGCGGUGAGAUUGGUACUAGGUCGAAUUUAAAACAAAUUUUUAUUUUCAGCGAAGGGAGGAGAAGCACGAGUUGUUGAAUAAGCGACGCGAGCAGGAGAAGGAGCUUCUGAGUCUACAGAGAAAGAAGGCGUUGGUUCAGUACGCUGAUCACAGAAUCAAGCAGUACAAGUUCAUGAAAGGAUCGAUUCAAACGCAGACGGACCCGAAACUCUUCUGGAAGCCGGUCAAGCAUACUGCCCGUUCGAUGGAGUUGAAGCAAGUCACCGAGAGACAUCUCGACGGUAAGUGGACUGUUUUUGGCGGCACUAAUACAUUAAAAAAUUUAGACUUAAUCAAAGAACGGGAGGAACAAUUGAACAAAGACCUGGAGACUCGCGAGAGAAAAAUGUCGGAAGAGCGUACCGGAGUGAAACAGGAGGAAGUCGGCGAGGAAGAGGAAGAAGAGUAUGAGGAGGAUGAGGAGAAGAACGAAAACGAGGACAUCGAGGUAGUGCUGAAGACGGAAGACGAUCUGAAGAGAGAAGCAGAAGAGGACGAGGAGGACAAGAUCGACGAGAUCGACGUGCAUGUCGAGCUCGAUUAA